AUGUCGGACUCUUGCUUUUUCCCCCACCUCAAUGAUGGUGUUUCGCAUCCUCGUCAGGCGCAAGAAACUGUGGAUAUUGAGGGUGCUGUCCUGAAAAGACUCAUUCUUCACUGCCAGCGCACACAGACCCCAGUCGAAUUCUGCCUUGCAAGCAUUUGGGCGGUCAUCCUUGAACAAUAUACCUCUGCUGAUUGCUAUGUUUUGGGGAUCACGAUUUCGGACGCCCAAGCCUCACAUUGCGGCGAGAAUUACAUCAUCCAGUCAAGGGAAACACGCACAGCCUCAAUUCAGCGAUUAAGUGCACCCGAAGGGUGGGAUAGAAUACCUUUCUCUUCAACCUCAUCGAUGAACUAUAAUACAGGCAUCUUGAUUACAGAGACCAGUCCACCGGCUGCAGCCUCGAUACGCGACUCAUAUGAUGUUCAAUUCACAUAUGAACGAUCGGCAAAGUCUGCACGCCUGAGCCUGCAAUAUCGCCUGUGUGCCCUUUCCAAAAGAAAUGCUGUGUUGCUGAAGGAAGCUCUUGGUGAUGUUGUUGACUCUGUCGUCAAGAGCUCUCAUAUCACAAUAGAGGGACUAUCAACCCUACAGUAUCCAGCUCACCUCCAGCAGAUCCAGCAAUGGAACGCUAAUCCGGUCGCAAUUCCUCCAAGCACCAUGAUUCACUCCCUCAUUCAUCAACAUUCCAUUCAUCGUUGCGCCCAUCCAGCUAUCCAUGCCUGGGAUGAGAAAUUCACGUACGCUGAGCUCGAUACAUUGUCCUCACGAUUAUCUCUUGACCUACAGCACAAAGGUCUUGGUCCAGGGACCAUGGUUGCGACUUGCUUUGAAAAGUCUGCGUGGGCUAUUGUCGCCCUGUUAGCGAUUAACAAAACUGGUUCUUGCUUCGUGCCCCUCGAACCGACCCAUCCAGAAGCGCGCAUCGAAGCUAUCCUUCAGCAAACGAAAGUAUUGACCGUCUUGGUAGACUCUUCCCACCAUGAAAAUGUCUUCCAAAAGCUGAUUCCGACUCGUUUGGUCAUUUCGAGGAGAUAUAUCAACACCAUCCCCUACGACGCUACCUCUUAUCGGGUGCCGAGAGUCGUGGCCACCGACCCGGCCUAUUGCCUUUUUACUUCAGGUAGUACGGGAGUACCUCGUGGUUGUUUGGUGAGCCACACUGCGCUGGCAAGCGUUGCCAACCACUCCAAACAUUUGCACAUCGAUUCCACUAGUCGCACGCUGCAAUUUGCGUCGAUGACUUUUGGUAUCUCUCUCAUCGAAAUUUGGUGUACAUUAAGCUCUGGUGGCACGCUCUGCAUUUUAUCGGAGCAGGAUCGAAACAAUUCCUUAGCUGCCGUAAUGCGAGAGAUGGAGGUCAACUGGGCCCUCAUGACUCCCACCACCAUCCAGGUCCUCCAGCCCGCUGAAGUACCCGCGCUCCGAGUCUUAUUAAUCGCAGGGGAGCCUCUUGCCAAGGCUCAAGCUGACAUCUGGGCCUCGGCUCUAAGUCUGUUUCAGGCCUAUGGGCUAACAGAAUGGGCUGGAAUUUGCACCGUGUCAAGACAGAUCAUACCAUUCGAGUCUCACACGAGCAUUGGAUAUUGUGUGGGAGGGCGGUCAUGGUUAGUGAGGCCAGACAAUGUUGAAGUAUUGGUUCCAGUUGGCGCGGAAGCCGAAAUGUUGAUAGAGGGACCCAGCCUGGCGCUAGGUUACCUUCAAGAGCCGCAACGUACGGCUGAUGCUUUCAUAUCCCCUCCUUCGUGGUAUAUGGCGAUGAACCCAGAUCAUCAUGGAUUCAAAACACUAUACGCAACAGGUGAUAUUGUUCGUUACCGCUCUGACGGGAGCCUUGAGUACCUGGGUCGUAAAGGUACGCAGGUCAAACUACGCGGGCAGCGGAUCGAACUGGGGGAGGUGGAGUAUCACAUUGCCCAAAGUGCCCGAAACGUCAAGAAAGUUGUUGUUGAAAUCGUUCAGCCAAAGGGUGUUGACAGCCAUUCAACACUAGCUGCCUUCCUUUAUCUUGACUAUCCCCCGGAGCUCAAUGGAGAGAAGUCCGUCUCCCCUCAAACAACUGAUCCGGAGGAUGGGUGGUUUACGGUUGCAAAUGGCCCCUUGCUGUCCACCAUCCAAGAAAUUGGUAUUACACUUGGCAAUACAUUGCCAUCUUACAUGGUUCCGCAGCUUUUUUUACCUUUGCGGCAUUUGCCUGUCACCACUUCAGGCAAGGUGAAUCGUCGCCAGCUUCGGGAGAUGAUUCAGCAACGUGAUCGAGAAUGGUGGACGGCGCUCACAAAGGAGAGGAAACCUAUUAUUGGCCCCGAAACGGACGCUGAAGUCGUCGUUCAUACUUGGGUCAGUCAGGUGUUGCAACUUCCGCCGGAUAAUGUCGGAAUGAAUGACGAUUUCUUUACCUUGGGAGGUGACUCGGCGUUGGCUAUGAAGCUGGUCGGUAUAGCCCGUCGUCAGCUUAUUCAACUACAGGUAGUCGACGUGGUUUCCAACCCUGUACUUUUUGACCUUGCCCACUUGAUAGAAGAUCGGGUUGGUAUUUCUCCAUCAUCUACACUGUCGUCUCCUCCCUUUCAUCUCCUCCGGCAAGAGGGAAUGAGCAAAGAAGCGCUCCAAAACAUGAUAGCCGAUGCGGCAGACAAAUGCGGAGCUGUUCCACAGGAUAUUGAGGACAUGUAUCCAUGUACUGAUAUGCAAGAAAGCCUCAUAGCUAUGUCUAUUGUCAAUACAGGCCAUGCUGUGGCCAUAUUCCGGUACCGGCUUCAGCCCGAAGUGGAUGUGGACCGUCUCCAGAGCGCCUGGAAAGAAGUGGUUGACGCAAAUCCCAUCUUACGAACACGAAUAGUCAAUCAAAAAGUCAAUGGAAUGACGCAGGUGAUCCUUAAGCCCCGUGCCGUUGGCUGCACAUCGCUCUUCGCUCCCAAAGAGACACUAGGUGCCCGUCCUAUCCGCCCUGGCGACGAACUGGUCACGGCGGAAUUAAAAACAGAUAUCGAUAACGCCUCCACUCUUAUUCUCACUAUUCACCAUGCCCUCUGUGAUCGAUGGUCAAUGACCAACAUCAUACAUCAUGUUGAACAAGCUUAUUCUGGGAGAAGCAUCCAGGCUCCGCCUUCAUUCGCCUUAUUUGUGGCCGAAACAUCCCUACAACGCAAAGAUAGCCGGGUUCGUCAGUAUUGGCGGGAGCAAUUGGCAAAUCUCAAUGCGGUGCCUUUUCCUACUCUACCCCCAGGUUACCGUGCCUUACCGCGGAGCCGAAUUGAGCAAUCAACGACCCUUCCAGCCCCGAUUCCACAGGGGGCAACGGCAUCCAACUUGCUUCGUUUGGCCUGGGCUACAGUCAUUGCAGCAAAUACCUCGAGCGAUGAUGUUUUAUUUGGUACGAUUGUUUCAGGACGGGGCAUGGCUCUCGCUGGCGUUGAACAGAUGACCGGACCGGCAAUUGCAAAUGUCCCGCUACGCAUCCAACUGCGACCAGAGGAGCGGGUUGAUCAAGCACUUGUGCGGCUUGGGCAGCAGUUCCUGGCAAUGAUUCCCUAUGAGCAGUUUGGGAUGCAGAAUAUUUCCCAGGAUGGGGACGAGGCGAUGGUGGAAGCCAUUAAGCCAAACAAUAAUCUGGUCGUGCAGCCAUACUGGGAACCCCCUUCACAGAGUCUGUGGGCCAAUCACGAUGCUGAUGCUGUUACAAAUGGGGGCUUCAGCUCUAGUGCCCUGACUGUCGUUUGCUGGCUUGGGAGAGAUCCUCGAGAGAUCCGCAUUGAGGCCAUUUUUGACGAACAUAUCUUCCAUGCUGUAAGUGUCCAGCACCUGUUAGACCAGCUGCAACAUGUUCUACAUAGUGCUGUCUGUUAUCCAAAUCACACGAUUGGUGCCCUUUCCGUGAUUACAGAUCGCGACACAAAACUUCUUGAGCGGUUUAAUGCGCGUAUGACGCCCCCACCACCACCGGUCGACUCCGUUGGGGAGCUCUUGGACCUCCAUGUCAAACAGGGACCCGAUGAGCUAGCAGUCUCGGCCUGGGAUGGUGACUUCACUUAUCGUGAAUUGAGCAUUGAGUCCUGCCGCUUAGCAAAACGACUGGCCGACCAGGGUGCAGUAGCCCACGAUUUCAUUCCUAUUCUGUUGGGUGGGUCAAAAUGGACACCAGUAGCUAUGUGGGCCACAAUCAAGCUCUCCUGCGCAUUUACUCUGCUCGACCCAGCUCAUCCCAUUGAGCGACUCCAAGGUAUAUGCAAAGCAUUGCGAAGUCGCAUAGUUAUCUCAUCAUCCCUCGCAUACAGCCUGGUGUCCAAUAUUGGUCACCAGGUUCUAUUGGUGGAUGCAGAGCGGGACUGCGAGAGCCCAUUUGAGCAGCAGGUUGGACAAACAGUUGCUGUCGCUGGUGGCCAAGCCAUCCUCUAUGUGGUUUUUACGUCAGGUUCCAGCGGAAAGCCUAAAGGCGUGGUUAUUGAGCAUCGGUCAUUCUACGCGAGCGCCAUGGCACAUAACCCCAUGCAUCAAGUAGGAGCUAAAUCUCGUGUCUUGCAGAAUGCGUCACAUGCUUUUGAUAUAAGCAUCAUGGAGAUUCUGAGCACCCUCCUGGCCGGGGGAUGUGUCUGCAUUCCAUCCCAGAAGCAGCUGCGCGACGAGUUCAUCGAGACGGCCAACCGGCUUCAGAUCACACACUCGUUCCUGACACCUUCGGCUGCUCGUACUCUUAACUUGUCUCAAGUCAAAUCACUCCGUUGUCUUAUUCUUGGUGGAGAGUCUUUGCGAAGUACUGAUGCCCGAUGGCUAAAUCAUCUUGAAUGCCGGGUCGUCCAUGAAUAUGGCCCAGCUGAAUGCUCCAUUGCCGCCACCGCAAAAAAGUCACAGUCGAACGACCUUACCAGCCAGACAAUAGGGUUUCCAAUGGGUUGCCGAUGCUGGGUGGUGAAUAGCCACGACCCCCAGCGCUUAGCACCCAUUGGUGCAGUCGGAGAACUUAUCCUUGAAGGUCCCAUCGUUGGCCGGGGGUAUCUUAAUGAUUUGCAGCGGACCGCUGCAUCCUUCAUCGCACCGCCGAACUGGUUGCGUAGUUUUGAUCCUGCAAUCAAGGCCGACGAGAGAGUUUACAAGACAGGAGACUUGGUGCGUUACCGCAAAGAUGGGGCGUUAGAAUAUGUCGGCCGACAGGAUUUCCAAGUGAAGAUCCGAGGCCAGCGGAUUGAGCUAGAGGAAGUGGAGCGACAUGUUCAACGUGAGUGGUCCUCCGCGAACGAAGUCAUUGUCGACUUGACCCGCUUGGGCCCUAAAAAGACACCUUCUCUUGUUGCCUUCAUUGGCCCGGAUCAGGGCGUGGAAUUGCCGGGUGUGGGUUUGAUCAUGCUUUCUAAGAAAGAGUUCAAGACACGGGUUCACGAGGUCGAGCAGCGACUGGAGAGACUCCUCCCCUCCGCGAUGAUUCCAACUCUUUUCUUGGCCGUACGACAAAUCCCUCGAGGUGCUACCAGCAAGAUCAACCGUCUCUCCCUACGCGACGCCGCAGAGCAGUUGUCAACGGAGGAGCUGCAACUGCACCGACAGGAAACACAGAUCAAGCGCUCGCCUGCGACACACAAAGAAAAAAUUCUGUCCAAACUCUGGGCCUCCGUUCUAAACAUAAAUGACGACUUCGUUGGUCUCGACGAUGACUUUUUCCGUCUUGGUGGAGACUCCCUGACUGCCGUCGAUUUAGCUGCGCGUUGUGAAGAACAUGGCUAUGCAAUAACGGUCUCCGAAAUUUUCUCGCAUCCAACAUUGGCCAAACAAGCAUAUAACAUGCAUGAACGCUCUGAAACUACACUACCAGUGGUCCCUCCACCAUAUUCACUUCUCCUGCACGACAAGGAUGCUGUGAUUCUCAUGGCUGUUGAGCAAUGCCAAGUGUCUCGGGACCACAUCGAAGAUAUCUACCCCUGUACGCCGCUGCAAGAGGGUCUCCUGGCAUUGACCGCGCGUGACCCGGAGGCAUACAUUGGCCAAUGGAUAUACCGACUGCCUCACGGAGUUGAUUUGGAAAGACUGCAUCUUGCGUGGCAGCACGUUGCUCAAAGUCAUCCAAUUAUGCGUACGCGUAUGGCUCAAGGGACUGAUAAUCGACUGUACCAGGUAGUCUGUACCAAUCCUCUACCUUGGCGAGUAUGGAGCGCUCUCAAUGAAACUGAAAUCCGGAAUAUCCGGGCCGAGAUGACUCUUGGGCAGGCUCAAACCGAUCUAGUUGUUUGCCUGGAGCGUGAGAAUAGUCCGCCUCGACUUCUCCUCACCAUGCACCAUGCAAGCUACGAUCAAAACUCCAUGGUUCAUAUUCUGCGAGAUGUUCAUGCCACGUACCAAAGCCAAGCUGAUCCGAUCCCUCGACCAUUCAGCCCUUUCAUUCGAUACAUUCAAGGUACAGCUGCCGCUCAAGUUGACUUUUGGCGGGAGGCUUUGGCUGGCUUUGACGAACCCCCAUUCCCAGAACUACCGGCCUCUAAUUACCGACCAGCACCAUCCAUGGUGCUUGACAGGAAAUGGACUUUCGAUCCUGUUGCCGCUGGACGAAGUAGUGUCACCUUCACGACGAAGUUAUAUCUGGCAUGGGCCAUUGUCCAGUCACGAUAUCAGCGCAGCCAUGAUGUUGUGUUUGGCGUGACAAUUUCUGGUCGAUCAGCCUCCUUGCCAGGGAUACAGAGUAUGACCGGCCCCACACUUGCCACCAUUCCUCUCCGUCUUCGGAUGAGCCCAGAUCAGUCAUUAUCGGAGCUCUUGCAGAUGACACAAAAUGUGCGAGCCGCUGCCAUUCCAUACGAGCAGGCAGGCCUACAGAAUAUCGGCCGAUGUGGCCCUCAUGCGGCACGUGCAACUGAUUUUCAGACUCUGCUCAUUGUCCAACAGAAUACUGAAGCCGAUUCAGCAUAUUCUAGUCUGUUAGAACUUGUGAAAUCUGUGACCGAAUGGACUACUUUCACGACAUACGCUCUCCUGAUCUCUUGCACCAUUUCCAAGGACGGGCGAGUCUUUGUUCAGGCAAGUUUCGACUCGACAGUCAUCUCGUCGGAGAAGGCCGAUCGCAUCCUCUGCUUCUUCGAGGAGACCCUCAACUUUUUGCACGAACAAGCAGAUUGUCUACUUCGAGACAUUCCAAGCGUCAGUCAGCGUGAUCAUGAGCAAAUUAUGCGAUGGAAUAGCCGUCCACAAGUCUCGAUGGUAAAUUCCUGUGUUUGCUGCUUGAUUCGGGAAAAAUCUCUCCAGGAUCCAGUAGCCCCGGCAGUUUGUGCCUGGGAUGGCACAUUUACCUAUGCAGAGUUGGAUAGCCUGUCGUCGAGAUUGGCCUUGCAUCUCCUUGCGAAAGGGCUCAGCGUGGGAACGUUCGUGCCACUCUAUUUCGAAAAGUCACGAUGGACAACAGUAGCCAUCUUGGCGGUGGUCAAGGCCGGCGGUGCAUUUGUUCUUCUAGAUCCCUCUCAUCCUAUGCCUCGCUUGCAAGAUAUCUGUGAACAGCUCGGGUCUCCGGUUCUGGUGACAUCAGAGCAGAACACUGCCCUUGGAGGCGAGCUGUGCUCUCAAUCAGUAACGGUUGGCGAUUAUCACUGCCAGUGGUCCAAUUUGAGGGAUCCGAAAGAGUUAUGUUGUGGCCUGAGUGAUCCGAACCGUCCACUCUAUGUUGUUUUCACCUCCGGGUCGAGUGGCAAACCUAAAGGCGUGGUCAUUGAGCAUACAUGCUACGCUACGGCGGCGCAAGCCCACAUCCCGCUCUUGAAAUUGACGCGAUCUUCUCGAGUACUCCAGUUUGCGUCAUACGCCUUUGAUGUUAGUAUUAUGGAUCACCUCAGCACGUUGAUGGUCGGUGGCUGCGUUUGUGUGCCCUCCGAAGCGCAGCGCCGUGAUGGGUUGGCUGAUGCUGUUGAGACUUUACAGCCCACUCAUGCCAUGCUAACCCCCUCUUUUGCUCGUUCCAUUCACGAUCCAGAUCGACUUUCAUCACUGGAGGUUCUUUCUGUCAUUGGGGAGAAAGUACAGGCGGUGGAUGUACAAAAAUGGGCGCAUCGGGUGCAUUUCGUCAACGCAUAUGGCCCGGCUGAAUGUUCGGUCGUUUCCACCAUCCAGGAUUCUUGUAAUGCUUCAAAAGAUCCUGGCAACAUUGGAUAUGCUGUUGGCGGAAUCUGUUGGGUUGUGGAUCCCGAAAAUGCGGAAAGCUUGAGUCCUAUUGGUGUGCCUGGAGAGCUACUUAUUGAAGGCAGUUUGGUCGGGCGUGGAUACCUUGGUCUACCCCAGAAGACGGCAGAAGUGUUCAUCUCACCUCCAGGAUGGCUUCAGAUGGUACGACCAGGUUCUCCCGGGCGCCUGUAUAAAACUGGUGAUCUGGUAAAAUACGCCGAGGAUGGCAGCCUGGUGUAUUUGGGCCGUAAGGACACGCAAGUGAAGCUCCGCGGCCAACGAAUGGAACUCGGUGAGGUCGAAACGCGGGUUCUUCAAUACUAUCUUGGUGCUACAGAUGCCAUUGGUGAGGUAGUUGAGUUGAAUGGCUCGAGUGUGCUGGUUGUUUUUCUACAAUGCCCAUCAACAAAGGCCACGACCCAGGAACCCGAGGAGCCUAGUUCUCCUUUCUUACCCAGCGACGCCGAGUUCAGUAAGACAGUGACCGAAGUGCUGUCAAAACUACGCCGGGUUUUGCCAGACUAUAUGGUUCCAUCCUUGUUUCUUCCCCUGGCUUACAUGCCUCGCAAUGCUAGUGGGAAGGCAGACCGUCGACGCCUGCGGGAGACAGCCACUGAGUUGUCCCACGAUGAGGUCCUCUCCUUCAGAUCUGGAGCACCCAAUGGCCAAUUCCAGGAGGUAUCGACUGGUGCUGAACGCAUUCUUCAAUCCGUCUGGAGCCAGACACUUGGGCUUCUAGUGUCCAGCAUUGGCGCAACAGAUGAUUUCCUUCGGUUGGGAGGUGACUCGAUCAUCGCUAUGAAAGUCGCCCCACUGGCUCGCGAUCAUGGCUUGAAUAUCACGGUGGCCGAUAUCUUCGACUAUCCCCGUCUCUGCGACUUGGCUCGCAUCGCUACGCAGCAGCCCUUUUCCGAGAGCGAACAGAAUACGCCGUUUAGCCUCUCGCCAGUUUCCAGACCCAACCAGUAUAUUUCCUGUCUUCGUGCUCUGGGUCUGCCACUUGGCAAUUCCGAGAUAUCCGAUAUAUUCCCUGUGACAGCAGCGCAGUCUUUCUUCCUGACUCGACGCACUACCCAUCAUUAUACAUUCUCUCUGACGGGCUCGGUUGAUGUUGGACGUCUUCAAGCCGCAUGCAGCACUGCCUUUGACAAGCACAGUAUCCUCCGAACCCUUUUCACUUGCCAUCAAGGACAGGUGAUCCAAACCGUUCUCAAUCGGAUGGAACUUCCUUUCCAACAUAUCGAGGGUCUUUCCGAUGUGGCCGAGUUCAAGUCAUUUCUAUGGGGGGUCGACUCCACUAACUUCGACAUUCUUCCAAGUGUGCCCACCCAGUUCAUCUUACUCUCCAGCCACGAUGGCCAGCAACACGAGUUUAUUAUCCGGUUAAUGCAUGGCCAGUGGGAUGCAGUGUCUAUCCCGGUCUUGUUCAACGACAUUUCCCUGGCCUAUAAUGGACGGUCUGUCCCGCCCUCGACUGAUUUUCCGGUCUUCCUCUACAAACGCGCACAGCAGCCACAAAAACCAAUCUUGCAUUUUUGGAGCGAAUUACUCAAAGGUUCAACUCUCACUCCUCUACCAACCCUCCCGGGUGACACUGAAAAAGAGGUCCGUACCCUGUGGAAGAAUCAGGAUGUAGCCCCAUCGCCACAAGUCCCAGCAGGCUUCACCAUGGCAUCUCUCGUGAAGGCUGCCUGGGCACAUGUCUUGUGGCAGGUCACAGGACACCACGAUAUCACUUUUGUCCAGACGGUCAAUGGCCGAGGUCUCCCAUUGAAAGACGCCGAUCGCAUCCUCGGACCUUGUCUGAAUUUCAUCCCAGUUCGACUGCAGAUACAAGAAUCUAAUUGGACCGUGAAAGAUUUGCUCCAGAAGGUCCAUGCCCAGCAUACUCAAAGUCUCCGUCAUGAAACCAUUGAGUGGUCGGAUUUAGUAGAGCACAGCACUUCUUGGCCCAAAGGAACGGAAUAUCAGUCCAUUGUUCAGCACCAGAACUUUGAUUUGGAUUAUAAACUGCCCAUGGCCGGUCUCGACAGUGCUUUCUCUCUGCAGCACAACUUUACGCCCCGCUCAGAACUCUUCGUUUUUACCUAUCCGCUGCCAGAGCGCCUCCUGGUGCAGGUUUGCGUCUCCACGGCGGUAAUGUCUGAGGCACGCGCAGAUUAUCUUCUCGAUCGCCUCUGUAGCACGAUUGAAUUGUUUGCGGGGAAUCCAAACUGUUUACUCUGUGAUAUACCCACUGGUCAGCUUUAG